GAGACAUAUACUCACUCUUUCGACAUGGUAGAGUUGAAUUCAACACUUGUUCUAAUCCCCUCUAUAGCUAUCUUCAUUCUCAUCUUAUGGCUAACCACCAAGACAAAGCCCUCCAAUGCCUUUCCUCCUGGAAAUAGAUGGUUGCCUCUAAUUGGGGAAACCCUAUCUUUUCUGAAGCCUCAUCAAUCCAACUCUGUGGGACACUUCAUGGAAGAUCGCAUCUCAAGGUAUGGGAAAAUAUUCUCGUCAAAUUUGAUGGCAAGAGAAGCCAUAGUAUCAGCUAACGUAGAGUUUAAUCGAUUUGUGCAAAAUAAUGAGGGAAAGUUGUUUGCCACAGCAUGGUUGCCAACCUUUCAAGGGCUUUUCGGCAGAGAAUCAAUAGCAUUUUUGAGUGGAGAAAGCCAUAAGAGAUUGAGAUCUGUUUAUUUGAAGUUCUUGUGCAUGAAGAGAUUGCAGACUGUUUUUUUAGCAGAUGCAGAUUAUUUGGCUUCAUGUAUUGUGAAUUCUUGGAAGAACGGCAGUAUUAUAUCAGCCAAAGAAGAGUCUGUUAAGUAUUCCCUUCAAAUAAUGACCAUGAACACAUUAAGUAUAAGAAAGGAUGAUUGGCUGAUGGAGAUGCUUCUCACGGAUUACUCAUACGUUAUUUCUGCAAUUUGUUCAGUGCCUAUUAAUUUCCCAGGACUGAAAUAUUGGAAGGCACUUAAGGCGAGGAGAAAUGUCUUGAAGAUUUUGAGGAAAAUAAUGAAAGACAGGAUUACAUUAAUGUCUAAAGAUGUUGAAGAUGGCAAAGAAGAAGCUGAAAAUCAUCUCAAAGCUGAAGGAAGAACUAAAUCAGACUAUGAUUUACUGGACUUGCUGCUUAUGAAAAGAGCAGAAUUCUCCAAUGAAGUUAUUGAGGACUUCAUUUUUGGUUCCAUUUUUGCUGGACAUGAUUCUACUUCAAGAGCAAUCGCUUUCAUGCUCUAUCUCCUAGCAGAUUCUCCACAAGUUGUCAAAAGGCUGCAGGAAGAGCACCUUCAAAUUGUCAAAUCCAAGUCAAAAUUAGACCGCAAACUAUCAUGGGAAGAUUACAGAAAUAUGGAGUUCAGCAAAUGUGUUGUUAAUGAGACCCUGCGGCUCAGCAAUGUUGCUCCUUUCAUUCCCAGGAUGACAACUGAAGAGGUCAAGUAUAAAGGUUUUGUUAUUCCAAAAGGCAAUCUUGUAGUAGCCCACAUGUGUGCAGUACAUUUAGAUCCUUCAAAUCAUGACAACCCCAUGGACUUUAAUCCAUGGAGAUGGAUGGGUCCAAAUUGUGAGAAAACUAAGAAGGGUUACAUGGCAUUUGGUGGUGGUGCAAGAAAGUGCCCAGGAGAAAAUCUUGCAUUAUUAGAAAUGGUUAUCUUUCUUCAUCACGCCAUUCUUAACUAUGAGUGGGAGAUUGCUAAUAAAGAUCAUCCCAUGCAUCUUCCUUAUCUUGAAUUUCCAAAGGGCUUGCCACUUAGGGUUCAUGCUACUCAAAUAUUAAAUGAUUAGCAAUAACACCUUAAU